GUCGAAACUUCCAACUUGCACUGAUCAAUCACGCCUGCACAAGACACCGAAGACCGGAAUCCCUCAUCACGAAAUCGAAAGUAGAGACCCUCAUGCGCAUGAAACAGCGUUGACGCGUUCGCAAGGGUUGUCAAGGCCCGGCCCUUAGGCUGACACACGCCUAAUGUCGCAGCUUCUCUCUACUCGACACGGUGCAACCGUCAAGUCGACCAUGCCCUGCCUGCCCUAGAUCUUCGAAACAAUGUAGGUGGAAUAACAUGGAGUUGAAGUCGUAGUGCGCACGCCUAUAAAAACCUCAAAAGCUGCUGUCUGGUUCUUUGCCUACCACAUUCAAUCUCAGACAGUAUCCAAGCAAGCUGGUCUCGCUUUAUUUUCAAGUCGCUCCUUCUAUAAGUUGAACACCUUCUUAAAAACAAACAUGAAGUUCACCACCAACAUCUUCGCUGUCGCCUUGACUCUUGGUCUUGCCACUGCCACCCUGGAUCCCGCCUCCUCAAACACCAAGGGCAAAUACCCCAAAUCUCCCUCAUGCAGCCCGGCAAAGACCAGUAAAGCCAUCCAAGCCGCCGAGUGCAGCCAUAACACGAGAACCUCCAAGACUCAGACCUUUGCUAUCUUCAAGGUCGACCACCAAUACGAUGCCAACCACGGUGCUCCCUACGGCACUUGCGAGGCCUACACUUGCACUGCGCCUACCGAUAGCCAAUUGAGCACUGACUCUGACUACUGGACUUUCUUCUGGAAUGACAAUGGCGAGAGCAGUGGUGAGGGCGCUGGAUGUAUCAAGGAUCCUCAGACUGGUGUUUGUGGAUGUGAGAACUCUACCGGGGAGUUCAUCUCUGGCUCGAGUAGCUGCACUUGAACAAUCUCGGAUAGUUGGUACACACUUCUAUGUCGUUGAAAUACACAAAUCUACACUGUAUAGCCGCCUGAUCAUGAGCGUUUGAUUGAUCCAAGCAUAGUGUAUCGUUUGACCCUUUUCGUUAUGUUCGC